AUGCCUCCAGGACGCCCCAAAUUCGACCUCGAACCCUUCAAGGGCGAGAUCACUGAGGCCUGGAACCGUCGCGAGACGAACGAGAGCAUCAUCAAGUCUCUCGCCGCGAAAGGUGUUGAAGUGAACCAGAAAACGUUCCAGAGGCGGCUUCGAGAAUGGGGUCUCUACAGAUAUAGUAACAAGGGCGCAGGAAAGGUGCGAUCCUCCGGUGUGCGCAAAGUCGCGACGCCAACAAGCGCACACGCACGACCGCCGGUGGUGAGGACACCCGCCGAGGUGCAGCGCGGCGCGCAGGAGGAGAUCCCGGACUCGAUGAAAGACGACUCACCUUCUUCCUCGACUCCAGGCAUCUCCGUGGAAUCAUCGCCCGAAAGAAGUGAACUCGCAUCCAAUUCGUACACACUCCGAGCGAGCACCCAAGCGCAACCGACACCGGCAAGCAUGUCUCAGAAGGUCUGGACCCGUCGGAACCCCGCAGGCUUCGGCUUGGAGAAGUCCCUCGAGGCCGUCCGGAACCCCGCCGCUCCGAAUCCGAUUCCAUCGCCGCCGUCCGAUGUUGAUGCACUAAAGCAAGACGGCGACUCCUUCACCCUCUCAUCCUUCACCUCCGAAGACGCCUUCGAGCUCGGCCACCUCCUCUACGCCCGCCUUCUCCCCUUCGCCGCCGCCGGCAAGCCCACCGUCGUCUCCAUCGCCCUCGCCAACAGCGGCGGCCAGGUCCUCUUCCAGACCGCCGUCGGCUCCGGCUCCCUCCCGGACAACGAGACCUGGGUGCAGCGCAAGCGCGCCAGCGUGCUCCGCUGGGGCGCGAGCACCUGGCUCCUGCACAAUAAGUUCGCCGGCGACGAGGCCGCCUUCGCCGCGCGCUUCGGCAUGAGCACGGAGCAGGCGGGCAAGUACGCCAUCCACGGCGGCGGCGUGCCCAUCCGCGUCCAGGGUGUCGAGGGCGUCGUCGCCGUGGUUGUCGUCAGCGGGUUGAAGCAGGACGAGGAUCACGGCGUUAUUGUGGAUGUCAUCAAGAGCAACUGGCAGUAA